AAUUGAGCCAAAGAUACGCAGCUUACCUGUGAACUGGAAACUGAACCUACCAUUGGCCAACUCUCUCCCGCCCUCCAGGUGGGUCACCUCUAGUCACCCUCUCUCCUUAUUUCUUAUUGUUUUUGCUUUAAUAUACUCCCAGCCACCGGCUCUAGCUCUGAGCUUCAAUAGACUCCGCUCCUUCGGCUUGAAUGCCCGCCCCCUAGGCGGUGCCGUUAUUCCAGAGCCUGUGGAAAGGACCGGGACCACAACAGACCCCGCCCCGAUGCGUAAUAAUCUCUUCCGAUUUGUUCCGGUGCCGGAGGAGAUGGUGCAUCUAUUGGCUGACGACACCUGCAAGACCGCAAGCGAGGAGGGGGCGGGGCCACACGCUGGCGCUCGCGCGAUUCCUUCUGGGAGUUGUAGUCACAGAAGAGCCAUUCACGGGGUGGCGCUGUUCGGACUCUGCGUCCCAGCAUUCCCUGCGCCAGUCCUGGAGCACUUCCGCCCUGUUGUGAAGUGGGUGUCUCGAGCAGGGGGGGGCCUUUCCUCUCCCGAGAGCCCCUUGAGGACACACUACAGAUGCAGGAAGACGUUGAACAUGGAGAGCCCAGCUGAAGGGAGACGUCCAGGAGAGACAAUGGCUGUAGCCCUAGAAGCCCGGGCCUCCCCGCAACAAGAGCCUGAAGAACUUGUGAUUGUGAAGCUGGAGGAGGACUCCUGGACCCCAGUCUCCCAGCCCAAGAAGGACUGCGAUCGCGUCCCUGGCCCUGAGGCUUCCCGCCAGCGCUUCAGGCAGUUCCAGUACAGGGAGGCGGCAGGGCCCCACGAGGCCUUCAGCCAGCUCUGGGCACUCUGCUGUCACUGGCUGAGGCCGGAGAUCCGCCUCAAAGAGCAGAUCCUGGAGCUGCUGGUGCUGGAGCAGUUCUUGACCAUCUUGCCCCGGGAGGCCCAGGCCUGGGUCCAGGCCCGCCACCCCGAGAGUGGCGAGGAGGCGGUGGCCCUUGUGGAGGAUUGGCACCGAGAGGCGCGGGCCACGGGGCAGCGGGAACUGGAACUGUGUGCAGAAGAUACGAGGUCCUUAAAGACAACGAAGGAAUCUCAGGGCUGCCAGCUGCAGCCAGCAGAUCACUGGCCCGAGGGACAGUCCCAGAAGCAGUGGGUGAAGAACUCGUGUCCUGACCUUCCCAAGAAUCUAGACACCAAGAUGGUGCCACAGCCCUUGAAAGAGAGUGCUGUCCUCACUCCCCGAGUCCCUGCUCUCCCAAAGACGGGGAGCGUCGGAGAUUGGGAGGUGACCGCGGAGUCUCAGGAAGCCCUGGGUCCCGACAGACACGCCGAGAAGGAAUUCUGCACGGACCCCCCAGGAGACAACUGUGGGAACGGCUUGUCCCUGGGAGUUCCGGUUUCAAAACCAACCAUCAUUGCCCAGCAAGAGCAGGGACCAGAGUUUUGGGGUCCAAGACUUGUAAAUUCUGGAAAAAAGAACUCUGCAGAUUGCAGCUUGGAUCCUGAGCAAACUAAACCAGCUCAGGCAUUGGCCUGGAGGGACUGCAGGGCCUGGGAAGAACGAUGCCCGGUGCCCGUGGAGGAUGUGAGAGUGUCAGGUGUGCACUGGAGCUACGAGGAGACCAAGACUUUCCUGGCAAUUCUGAGCGAGUCUCCUUUUUCUGAAAAGCUCCGCACUUGUCACCAGAACCGCCAGGUGUACCGAGCCAUUGCAGAACGGCUGAGGGCACGGGGCUUCCUGCGGACGCUGGAGCAGUGUCGCUACAGGGUCAAAAACCUCCUACGGAAUUACCGGAAAGCCAAGAGCAGCCACCCGCCGGGGACCUGCCCCUUCUAUGAGGAGCUGGAGGCCCUGGUCAGGGCUCGGACAGCCAUCAGAGCCUCGGACGGCCCAGGAGAGACGGUGGCUCUCCCCCGGCUAGGGGACAGUGACAUGGAGGUGGAUGAGCAGGAAGAAGGGGGCUGGGAGCCAGAGGAAACGGCAGACGACUCGAAUGGCGAUGACCUGGCCACCGAGUCCACCCAGGGGCCUGGGGUCCCAGGGGGCCCAGCGCUGCUCCAGAGUCGUAUUGCAGGUGUGCACUGGGGCUACGAGGAGACCAAGGCCUUCCUGACCAUUCUCAGUGAGUCCCCGUUCUCUGAGAAGCUGCGCACCUGUCACCAGAACAGCCAGGUGUACCGGGCCAUUGCAGAGCGGCUGUGUGCACAGGGCUUCCUGAGGACCCUGGAGCAGUGUCGCUACAGAUUCAAAAACCUCCUUCGAAGCUACCGAAAAGCCAAGAGCAGCCACCCACCUGGGACCUGCCCCUUCUAUGAGGAGCUGGACUCGCUGAUGAGGGCUAGGACUGCGGUUAGAGACAUGGGGACCGGCAGGGAGGCAGCAGGUCUCCCUACUUCUGAUCAGAGCAGUACCCAGGUUGUCAGCCAGGAGGUUUGGGAUGAGAUGGCAGGUGAAGAUGUCAUCAGACCUCCAACCCCAAGUCCUAAAACCUCAGACACUGGUUUUGAGAUGAGGUGUGAGGAUGAAGACCAGAUUUCAGAGCAGGACCUUUUUUGCAAUUUGCCCAGAGCCUUAUCAAAAUGCACUGCUGGGGAUGAUUGCUACCCUCACGAUUGGGGGGAAGACAGUGAAAAUGAAAAUGAAGGUAAAGGACAGUGGGGAGAUCCAUCCCAGGAGCAGUGGGAAGAGUGUUCUUCUGAAGAGGACUUGGAAAAGCUCAUCGACCACCAAGGCCUGUACCUCGCAGAGAAGCCCUACAAGUGUGACAUGUGCGUGAAAACCUUCAGCCGGAAUUCACAGUUAACCACCCACCAGCGGAUACACACAGGUGAGAAGCCCUACAAAUGCCUCGAGUGCGGGAAAAGCUUUAGUGACCGCUCCAACUUCAAUACCCAUCAGAGAAUCCACACUGGAGAGAAGCCCUACGAAUGCCUUGAAUGUGGGAAAAGCUUCAGCGACCUCUCCAAUCUUAUCACCCACCAGAGAACGCACAUGAAAGUAAAGCCCUAUAAAUGUGAAGAAUGUUGGGAAAGCUUUAUCCAGAGUUCAGACCUCCUGAAACAUCAGGGAAUCCACUUGGGAGGAAAUUCUGACCACUGUCGUGAGCCUGGGGAAAACUCUGACCAGAGCCCAUCUUUCAGUGCUCACUGGAGGAACUCCACCGAGGGGACAAAUCCUGAACAACCUCACAGUGCCAGUAAGAAUGCGAAUUCUCCUGGACCACAAAGCACCCAUGCAGGGGAAAAACUGUAUCAGUGUUCUGAAUGUGGAAGAAGCUUCUCUAAAAGUUCUGCCCUCAUCAGUCACCAAAGAAUCCAUACGGGAGAGAAACCAUAUGAGUGUGCUGAGUGUGGGAAAAGCUUCAGUAAGAGCUCCACGCUGGCCAACCACCAGCGGACCCACACUGGGGAGAAGCCGUACGAGUGCAUGGACUGUGGGAAAUGCUUUGGGGAGCGUUCCAAGCUCAUCACACACCAGAGGGUGCACACGGGAGAGAAGCCCUACAAAUGCCUCGAGUGUGGAAAGUUCUUCCGUGACCGUUCCAACCUCAUUACCCACCAGAGGAUCCACACGGGAGAAAAGCCUUAUAAGUGCAGAGAGUGUGGGAAAUGCUUCAACCAGAGCUCCAGUCUCAUUAUUCACCAGCGAAUCCACACCGGGGAGAAACCCUACAAGUGUACCGAGUGUGGCAAAGAUUUCAACAACAGCUCCCACUUCAGUGCCCACCGGAGAACCCAUGCAGGAGGGAAGGCCUCAUAGGAAACACUGCCCCCAACAGCAAAAUAGAGAGAAAGCUAUAUCGAAAUCUUCCAAGAUCCUAAGAUGUAUGUAGAAAGAAACUGUCCAAAUUUUUAAGCUUGGUGUGUACCCAGGGAGGUUAUUCAUGGUACCAUCGAGGUAAUUUGGAAGUGAAUUACAAACACUUAGGAUCCAGAUUUGAAGGCACUUUCUUUUAAGUAUAAUGUGUUUUUCUCCUGCAGGAAAAAACCCCACAUAAUCCUCAGGCUGUCCUUAUAUUUGCUGUCAUGUGAGAGCUUUAUCAGUCUUGGAGUCAGACUGGUAACUAAGGAGAUUAGAGGUAAAUUGUUGGCCCUGAGCAGUGAUUUGAGACCUUCCCGUGCCUUCACACCGUUCCCGGGUACACAUGCCUCAUCCGUGUACAUUGGAAAAUUCUCACCCAUGGCAGUUUUCCACUGGGGCAUAACAACCUGGGAGAAUUUUGAGACCCUCCAGUGAGAGGGGACAUAAUUGAGAAUCAGUGACCUAGAGCAGAGGGUGAGCUUAUCAAAGGGUAGGAACAACUGUGACAUCAUUAGUAGGUCAUUAUUAAUAGUAGCAAAAAAGUAGCCAGUGUUCCCUGAGCUUUUCAGUAGGCUCUGAGCUAAGCACUUUAUAUACAUCUUCUCAUCUACUCACAGCAGCCCCAGGAGGUACUAAUAUUUCUCUCAUUUCCCGGAAGAGAAGAGUGACUUGCUUGGGUCACACAUCUGAAAAUGGCAGAGACAGGAUUCGGUCACAUCUGCCUCUGGGGCCUGAGGUGCUCUCACUGCUACACUGAGUCCCCUUUCCCAUCGGGGCAGGUAACUCAGGUGCCAAAGCACUUUGUAGACCACGUUUUCAGUUAAAAUUCCCUACGAAUUCAAUUUUUAACAAAUCUGGACAUAGAGAAUCCUAAGCGAUGGAAGGACUGGGGAUGUUGAGAACCGGCAGUGCGCUUUGAGCAAGGCUGAGCUCUUACUGAAGCACUUGAUAAGACUGUCCAUCUUCACAAUAAUAUGGGUGAGAGAGAGAGGUGAGUUGAGAUUGGGAAAAGUAAUGUAGUCAAAGGAAUGUCUCUUCCCCUGGGAUACUAUCUGGGCUAAGGAAAUGGGGUUUUUAAGAACUUCCCUUUUUCUCAGGAGAUCAGCCCUGCUUCCUGUUAGACUCGGCUCGAUUGAAGGUUAAACCAUAAGAAACCCAGGCUUCCUGGCCAGUGCUUUCUCACCCCUGUGUGUUUGCCCCCUGGCCCCCUCCCUCUUGGCAUGGAAGAAGCUUUGUGCCAAGGCUGAGGCAGAGGAGAGGAAAAGGAGUCAGUGGGUGUGGAGCGCCGUGGAGGGGACUUUGAAAACUGAUCUUGAUUCCAGGCUCGUGGUGCACUUUCACUCUGAGCCACCUCAGAUUGAUUGAUUCCAGGCCUGUGUGGCGCUUUCUAAAUGUUGCCCUUAAAAGAGCUGCCUCCCACAGCAGCAGGCUCUGUCAGAAAGCUUCACACAGGAUGGUUUCCAGUUCUCAGCACUUUGACCUCCAGGCUUUCUCCUUAGGAGAGUUUUAAAAUGUUAGCCAAGGACUAUGGUUUGCAAGGAGGUUCCUUCUCCUAACACCCACCUAUUGAUACUUUGCUGCCAUGCAUACUCUGGCUGUUCAUGAACCUGGGAAAUGCUAUUAAAUUAGAUAGAUGUGAGGGACCCUUGGAGAAUGGAAUUCUGUUCACAUGUGAGGCAGUUGGGGAGAUGCCAAUCAUUCCUUAGCCCCUUUCUCAGUUUCCCAAGAACCAGCUCACCUCAGUCACUACCUGUCCCCUUCUUCCUGGCUUACCUUUCCUGCCUCACCUUACCUCUGAGGAGCAGGGCCCAUGUGUGAGCCCUGGCUUUGAACCAGCAGAUGUCAGUAACUGCGACAAUAAGAGGAUGGGUAAGGUGCCCCCUGAGCCAAGAGAAAGGAUCCUGGAGGAGGGGCAGGGACGUCCAGGGAGAGGCCUGGUGGCGUGAACUAGCAUGGCUUCAGGUGGGGUGGGACCAUAGCUUCUUAGCUAUUAUUGAGGCUUCAAAUGGGAGGUGGGAAGUGGUAGGAGCUCCCAUUGGAGGGAUGCAGGGGGGCAGGGUCACCGAGGACUUGGUGGCUGCGUGGAGCUGGGACACCAGGCUGAGGGGUGCCUGGUCAGAUGUGCAUUGUUGAAACCUAAUAGCUGGAUGGAGCCUGGACGUGCUGCAGACUGUUGGAACACUAUCUCGAUGUUCCAGUUAGAAGUGAGGCGCUGAGCUAGAGCAGUGGUGACGUUGAAGAGGAGGGGGUUGGAUUUGAGAGGUUCCACAGGCAGAGUUGAGGGCAGCCGUGGAAAGCUAGAAUGCCUGGGUGGCUGUGGAGCCUGCCGUUGUUCAGGAUGGAGCACAGGAGAAGGUGCAGACAGGGCAGGAGGGCAGAAGAGCAGAAGGUUAAUUCGGGACAUUUUGAACUUGUACCUAAGGGACACCCAAGAGGCAAUACACAGCAGGUCUGAAGCUGGGGGGAGGUGUGUGUGUGGGAGGUUACAUUCCUGUUCAAGUCAGAGAAAUGCUGGGUACAGACAGAACUUCAGGAGCACUGUGUGUGGAGGAAGAUGCUCCUCAAAGGAGGUCUAGACCACUCCCCAGCCCCACCACCUUGCAAGCUCCAAUCACCUUGCAAACACUGCCUCAGUUGCUCCUGAUACCUGAAUCAAUGUGGUUCUGAAUUUUCUGGAACCUUCCUGUGGAAGCCCGGCUGAGCUCUGUAGAAGUGAGAUGUAGCCCUCUCCCCUUCAAGUGUCACCCGCCCCCCUGUUCUUGGAAGCAUACUGGUGUCUCACGUUCUCAGGACAGUUUUGAUGUUUGUGACCUGUGGCUCGUCUCUCUGAACUGGAGCCGUGAAACGGGAGGGCAGUGUGGGCUGGGAGAGAAUGUGGCCCAGGGAGACCGCCUCUCCUUGUCCCUGACUCUGCCUCUGGAAGAAGUUCUCAUUCGGGUGGCUCCCAUGUUUGGGGCCCGCCCCAUGCCUCUUCCAGGGUGCCUGGCAACCUCCAGCAGGUCUUGGCUGCUCAUAGAAGCCCACAGCUGGUUUGAUACACCCUGAGCCUUGUUACCUCAAAUCUGCUCUUGGGGAAGUGGAUUCACUCUGAGGAAUGGGCAGUUUCUCAGCCUGUAUGACCACAGGUCAGACCCUGGUCAUGGGAAGUGGAAGCGGUGACUGCCUCCCUGGGGCCGUGUCUCCUGUGAGCUGCAUCUCCAAACUUGAUCUCCAUACCCUCCACCCCAGGAAGGGCGUUGGCUCCUCAGAGGUGACCGAAAGGCACCACUUAGAAGUUCAUUCCACAGACUCAGCAGACAGCUUUCUUACAGCCUGGAGUGUAAGGUGACUGGGGUCCUCCUGUGCUGGAAAAUGUAGCAGCAGGGACCCCUGGGUUCUCCCUGCCUGGUCCUGUUCUGGGGCCCACAGUGCAGAUGGCUCUCCACUUCAGCCUGCAGAGAAGACUUUCUUUUUAGUCACUCUGUGGAGAAGAGUAAUGCCUUUUGGGACCACGGGGUUUUGAAGUAUGAAUGUGGUGAUAUCUGGAAGGGGUAUGGGUGGCAGAUGGUCUCAAGCCGCCCAGGCUGCCUUGGAUCUCUGUAACCCAGCCUUGGGGCCCAGGCCUGCGUCUCCAUUCACUCUGUUCCACCUGCAUGUUGACACUGAGGCCCAUGUCCACCCACUGCUGCCUUUCCUGGCCUCUUGGUCCACCGCUCAGCAUGGGCGAUCACGCGCACAUGCGGGCUCGCAGUAAGCUGCCUCUGCCCACCGCCAGCGCGGUGUGCACACCCAGAGGCACGCUGUCCCUUUUAAGGGCGUUUUCCAGUUGGGCUGUGUCUGCCCAGCGGCCUGGAAGUCUUUCUCUGAACAGGCCCAGAAUGGAUCGAGUGGAACAUCCUCCGACCUCCGUUUUGAGCCCAUCCUCCCCUCUGGACGUGCCUUCGCCUCCCGCUCUUAGCAGCAGGUGCCCAUUUUACGCCCUUGCUGCCGUCUGUCACAAGUGGUUAGCGCCACCCGUAGUGGGAAGUUAGGUAGGCUUUGCAGGUUCGGUUCGGUUCGGGUUGGGCCUUGAGGUCUUCUGCCCAUGGCUGCUUCUCUGCACACUCCCGACAUCAGUAUUAACUCCAGCUUACCUUAACUCCAGCACCAUUUCCUCUCCCUCUGGUUUCAGGCAGGUCUGGAAUUGCCUCCAAAUGUGGUUUUCAGACGGUCAGGUUUCUCAUCUCACCGGGACUCCCCCCCAGCCCACCCUGAGUCUGGACGAAGGCCUCAGUGCCCCCUGGGGCCUCGCUCCCCUGAUCCCAGUUAGGAACCCUAGUGACCCCUGCCUGUGCCGCCGGUGGCGGGGGAGAGGGCGGAGAGCGUGCGAGCCCCUGUUCUCAGCUGAGCUUAGGCUCCCACUUGUCAGGGUGAGAACCAUUUUGUUCUAGGAGCCCUUUGAUUAAGUCAAGGGCAGAAUCCAGUUACACCAUUUUAUGUAAAUUCACUGGAAUAGCAAUCCACCCAGAUGCCGAUUUUCUCAUCGAGCCAUGGCUAGUGGUCCUUUUUGCACGUGAAGAUGAUUCUGAUCCUGUCUGCCAUUACCUUGAACUUUUUCUAAAGUCAUGUUUAUUUUGCACAUUUUCAUUGUAGGAAAAUACUUCAUAAUCUGACCAUCCAGAGGGUAAGGGCCAUGGGAGGGAAGGUGAAGAAAACCAGUCUGCCUCUAGGCUGGUUCUGGACCAGCGGUAGGAGUCCAUCUGAGCUCCAGCAAGAGAAUUGCUGCGGGCAAAGGUGGAUGGAGCUGUGGUCACCGACCUCUUGAGAGUCUGGGGCUCAGGGAGCCCUCCUUUGGUGCUGGGUGACCAGUAUGUGCCUGAUGUCACACCCAGUGUGACAGAGAGGGGGAAGGGCUCCUCUCCCUCCUACACAGGACACGGCUUGGCUUUAGUGCUUUGGGGAGUUUGUAGACCAGAGUAACUUCUUUGUGUUUAGAGGCGGGGGAGACCAGCAGGAGGUGGGUCAUGGGGGUGCCCUGGAGGGGGUGGUGAGAAGCUCUGAAGGCAGGGGCCCAGGUCAGAGCACCCUCCAUGGACAGCACCCAGAAAGGGCUGUUUCAGGAUCACAUGCAAAGUCCCCAACCCAACCCCACUCCUGAAGUUGCCUGGACGUAGAGGGAGGAGGUGAGGCGACCUGAGCUGAAGGUCACGCUAAACCCAUCCGGUAUCCUUGGGGGAAGGGCAAACACACAUGUUAUCUCAGGGACCUUUCGUGAAUAACUAAUUUCUUAGACAUUUGUGUGACUGUAGCAUUAAAAUGGAUUACAUUUUGACCACUAGGAGGCUCAGAGAUUAAGGUCCAAAUCUAAAGACAGAACAGGCUGUUUCAAUUUUCCAUUUGCUACAAUAUUGUAAAGUAAUUGGCCUCCACUUAAAAUAAAUAAAUUAAAAAAAUUUCCAUUUGUGCAUCAA